CCUUUAAGAUUUUGUUUGGACUGUAAGUGUCCAAAGGAACUCGAAACACUUCUCCUUCCAUUUGAUUUUCUGUGGUCGGAAUGAAAAAUAUCUCUGUUUGAUCGAGAGAUUCCCCAGAAAUGCAUUUCAAAAGUAUUUUCUAACUCUUCAUAUCUCAACUUCGUCAUGAAUUCCUCUGCUUCUCGAUUCAGUGAGCAAAUGUAAAUUUGGUUGCAAGCUAUUGGGAUCUACAGUUGAAGAGAGAUGAUGAGUUCUCCAACUCAACUUGCAUCCUUACGAGACAUGGGAAUCUACGAGCCAUUUCAACAACUUGUCUCUUGGGGAAAUGUUUUCAAAUCAGACAUCAGUGAUCAUAGUCCCAAUACUGCUUCUUCCUCAAUUAUUCAAGUGGAUGCUAGAAUAGAUGAUCAUGAGCACAACAACAUCAAGGGAAACUACGUUACUUCGCAUAACCAGAUCGAAGCAGAACCUUCUAGUAAUGAUCAUCAGGAUGAUGAUGGCAGGAUUCAUGAUAAGAUGAAACGGCGUUUAGCGCAGAACCGAGAAGCUGCUCGCAAGAGUCGUUUGAGAAAGAAGGCUUAUGUUCAACAGUUGGAAGAAAGUCGGUUAAAGUUAUCGCAGUUAGAGCAAGAACUCGAAAAGGCUAAGCAGCAGGGAUUAUGCAGACGCAACUCGUCAGAGUCUAGCUAUUUAGGAACCUCUGGGAGGAGCAUGAUUAACACAGGGAUUGCUGCGUUUGAGAUGGAAUAUUCACAUUGGCUUGAAGAACAAAGCAGGAGAGUAAGCGAAAUCAGAACAGCUCUUCAAGCUCAUAUAAGCGACAUAGAGCUCAAGAUGCUUGUAGAGAGUUGCUUGAAUCAUUACGCGAAUCUCUUUCGAAUGAAAUCUGAUGCAGCGAAAGCUGAUGUUUUCUACUUGAUAUCUGGCAUGUGGCGAACUUCAACUGAAAGAUUCUUCCAAUGGAUCGGAGGAUUCCGUCCAUCUGAGCUUUUAAACGUUGUGAUGCCGUAUCUUCAGCCAUUGACAGAUCAGCAAAUCUUGGAAGUGAGAAACCUACAACAAUCAUCUCAACAAGCAGAGGAUGCUCUGUCUCAAGGGAUUGAUAAACUUCAACAGAGUUUAGCAGAAAGCAUCGUGAUUGAUGCUGUCAUUGAGUCCACGGAUUACCCGCCUCCUCACAUGGCUGCAGCGAUAGAGAAUCUCCAAGCAUUAGAAGGAUUUGUGAAUCAAGCGGAUCAUCUGAGGCAGCAAACUUUGCAGCAAAUGGCGAAGAUCUUGACGACAAGACAAGCGGCUCGAGGUUUGCUUGCUUUGGGAGAGUAUCUUCAUAGGCUUCGUGCUCUUAGCUCUCUUUGGUCAGCUCGUCCACGAGAACCCACUUAAAGUGGGAAACAAGAAACAGAGUCCAAGUUUAAAGCAGACUCAUCGCAAAAGCUUGGAAUGGUGUUAAAGGAUCUUUGCUAAGUAGAGUGAUUCUCUUGAUUAGAACUUUAUGAAGUAUCUCUCUCCAUAUAUUUUUUAAACAAGAAGGUGUAAAUUUUGGGUGGAAACUUUGUAAUAUAUAUUAGAUACAAAAUAAGUCUCUGCUCAUUAGUCUAGUAUAAAUAUGUUUGAAAUCUGAGCAAUGUGAUCAUAUGUAUGUGUAACGGAUUCUAUACAGUAUUAUAAA